UUUUCCAGUGUCUUCUUUACUUGGUCGCAUGUGCUCCUUUCUGGCUUUCAGAACUAAAUAAAUGUAUAUUGGUAGAGGUAUUCGUUAUGUGUGAAAAGUCUUUGUAGGUUUGUAAGUCUGUUCGCAGAUUAAAAACAACUCAAAACUCCACAAAAAUGGCCACAGUAGUUGCUCAGUCCCACUUCAUCUUCGGUCUACGGACAGGUGUUACAAACAAUUUAUGUUUUUUCGAUGAGCAGACUGUGGUCUUUCCCAGUGGAAACAACUGUGUGUGCUACAACACCGUCCAAAGAUGUCAAAGGUUCAUUCCAGGUUCAGAGAAAAGCCAGGGCAUGCGUGCUCUGGCCAUCAGUGCCAACAGGCGUUACCUGGCAGUGUCAGAGUGUGGAGAGAAAGCCAGCAUCACAGUCUUUGACCUGCAGCAUGCACAGGGCAGAAGGAAAAAAGUUCUGACUGCAGGAGACAUGCUUGUUGAAGAGUUUGUAUGCAUGGCUUUCUCUCCUGAUUCCAAGUACCUGAUUGGCCAAACGGGUGGUUCAGAGUGGAUGCUGAUCUUCUGGCUUUGGGAAAAACAGAAAGUCCUGGCCACAGUGAAGACCAGUAACCCGUAUAAUCCUGUUACUCAGGUCAGCUUCAACCCUUACAACAACAUGCAGCUCUGUGUGAGUGGAACUGGUGUGUUCAAGUUGUUCCGUUACUCAGAGGGAGCCCUGAAACAGUGCAGCUUCCCAAAGGUGGAGUCUAUCAACUUCCUGUGCCACACCUGGAUGACUGCAGAGCGGGUGAUCGCUGGGACGGACACAGGCAGGCUGCUGGUGUUUGAGUCUGGAGACCUGCGAAGAGAGAUUAAAACGGCCACUAAGCCCGAGCAGGGGCACUCUGACAGGCAAGUUGAGAUGAAGAAGAUCAAAGACACAGACAUGGAUGAGGGCCCCGCUGUGUCUCGCAUCACAGCCAUUCUGUCCUACUCCAAGGGCUUCGCAUGUUCUAUGGGUCCUGGCUCAGUCUGUCUGUUUGAAAAGACAGAGGAGGACAGUUAUAGAAAGAGCAGGGAGAUACAGAUCCCUCCAGACCCAUGCAACAAUGAGUUGACCCCGGCAGAAUGCCAGGAGAUUGACACCAUGUGCAUCAGUCCAGCAGAGGAGAUGCUGGCCAUCAGCACAGACAGAGGACAGCUGUACAGCAUCAGCCUGUUCUUAACUGAAAUGAACAAGAAGGAACAGCUACAUUUUGAGUUCCUGUCCCAGUCCUUCCACUCGAAGUCCAUCACGGGUUUGUCUGUCUGCAUUCGGAAGCCCUUCGUAGCCACCAGCUCUCUGGACCACUCUGUCCGCAUCUGGAACUACGAAACAAAAGUUUUGGAGCUGUACAAAGAGUUCCAGGAGGAGGCGUACAGCGUGGCUCUGCACCCCACUGGCCUCUUCAUAAUGGUGGGCUUUUCAGACAAACUCAGGCUCAUGAACCUGCUUAUCGAUGACAUCCGCACCUUCAAGGAGUUCACUGUGCGCGGCUGUAGAGAGUGUGCUUUCAGCCACGGCGGCCACAUGUUUGCAGCUGUUAAUGGAAACGUCAUUCACAUCUACUCCGUCACCUCUUUUGAGAACAUCCUCAAUCUGAAGGGGCACAAUGGAAAGGUGCGUGCCAUUGAAUGGAGCCUGGACGACAGCCGGCUGGUGUCAUGUGGGAUGGAUGGCGCGGUGUACGAGUGGAACACACAGACCGGCAAGCGAGGAUCAGAGAGUGUCCUCAAGUCCUGCAGCUACACAGAUGUUGCCUUCUCUUCAGACUGCAGGACCAUCCUGGCUGUGGGAACAGACCUCACCUUGAAGGAAAUCCAAGACUGUCAGAUCCUGAGGGAGGUCCCUGCUGAUGAUGUAGCUCACACAGCUGUGGCAGUGUCUCACUCUGGUAGGGUCGUCUUCACCGGGACCUCCAGUGGUACCAUCAGGGCCAUUAAAUACCCGUUACCCAUCCAGAAGGAGUGGAUCAUGUACCAGGCCCACUGUGGCCCUGUCUCCAAGAUGGCGAUCACAUUCGACGAUCAGUUCCUGCUGACAGUGUCUGAAGACGGCUGCCUGUCGAUGUGGAAGAUCAUCGAUAAGGAGGGCCGAGGCCUGAAGAGCCACAAGCAGAUCAUCCACACUGAAGAGAUCCUCAUCACUAAGUCGGACCUUGAGGAGAAGACCCAGAACAUGCUGGAGCUGAAGAUGCGUCUGGAGGAGCUGCAGAUGGAGAACGAGUACCAGCUCAGCCUGAAGGACAUGAACUACAAUGAGAAGAUGAAGGAGCUUUCUGACAAGUUUACCCAGCAAAUAGAUGCUCUGAAAACAACACAACAGGUCAUGAAGACAGAGAUGGAAAAGCAGGCACAUGAGCACCAGCAGAAAUCUUCAGAGGUCACUAUGACACACUCAAAAGAAGUGAAGGAUUUAGAGUUAUCCUACAGCCAGAAGCUGAUUGUGGAGCACGAGAGAUACCAGGAACUGCAGCAACAAUAUCAAAGAAUGCAGGAGGACUAUGAGAAGCAGCUGAAGGAUGCAGCAGAAAGCAAAAGCCAAGCAGUGGAGGAGCUCACACAGCACUACGAGGCCAGACUGCAGGACAAGACUCAGCUGCUGGCUCAGUGCCAGGAGGAAGCACAGCAGCAGAUCAGUGAGUUUAAAGAGAUCAUAAGGCAAGUAGAGGAGGAUGAGGAGAGGAAGAUCCAUGACAUCCAACUCAAGUAUGAGAAGAAACUUCACACAGAGAAAGAGACCAACGCCACUCUGAAGGGAGAAACUGGUAUCAUGACGCAAAAGUUCUACAGUCUGCAGCGACAGAUCGAUGAGAGAUGCACAGAUAUAAACCAGCUAAAGCAGGAGCGGCAGAGGCUGCUAGGGUUGAUCCGCUCACUGGAGAGCGACAUCGGGGACCUGAAGAGGCAGAUCUCUGGACAUGAAAAGACCAACCAGGACAAGGAUAGGACCAUUUCUGGGCUGAAGAGGAAGAACCAGGAACUGGAGAAGCUGAGGUUUGUUCUUGAUUUCCAGUUGAAUGAGUUGAAGAAGCAGACUGAGCCUCAACAAGAUAACAUUAAAGGGAAGAAGGAGAGGAUCCAUCAGCUGGAGGAGGAGCUGGUGCAAAUGGACAAGAGCAACACUCAGCUGAAGCUCACCGUCUCUGACCUGAAGCUCAAGCUGAGGACCAGAGAUAAAGAGAUGUACAAGGAGAUGCAGAAAGUAAAAGAUUUGGAGACACAUCUUCAGCGGCUCAAGUCAGACCUCCAUAAUUGCGCCGGCUUCAUCCAGGAGCCGAGGAAACUGAAGGACAGCAUACAGAUGAUCUAUGCCCAGUAUGUUCAGACUGAUGGGGUGGAGAAUAGUAGUGCUGACAAUGAAAUUCAGAGGGCGUUUCAUCGCCAGCGCGAUCACCUGGAGAGGACUGUUGCUAGUCUUAAGACAAGGCUGGCCAAAUCUGCAGAAGAGCACGAGAAAGUCUACGUCAAGAUCAUGAAGGAGAAUGUGACUCUGAUUACUGAGAUCAAUGAGCUGCGUAAGGAGCUGCGUCUGGCGAGGACUCAGGUUAAAGAAUACAAAGCUCAGCUGGCCAUUUUCAAGAAGUCCAACAAGUCACGACCCAACUCAGAGGAAGGACCCAAAAAGGAGCCCACACAUGAGGACGUCAACCCGCAAGACUAAAUCCAAAUCAGAGAGCAGCUGACCUCAUUGAACACGUCUGUGGCAGCUGUGCCGAGAGAAAUCUUAGAGGUACUCCACCGAUUUAGCAUUUCACUCCUGUAAUGUUACUCAACGACAUAACAGUCUUCAGCCCCAACUGAUGCUGACUCAAGUGACAUCACUUGAGUCAAUUUAUCAUGCAUCUCCGUCUGGAGACACAAAAGGCUUUAUACUACUUUUCUUCACUUUUAUACAGACUUUGAUCAUCAAAAUCAGUGGAGUUCUCCUUUAAGGCAUCACCAUGAACAGCAAGAUUUGAUAUUUAGAAAAAUAUUAUUUUGACUUAAACUUAAUAAGCACUCUCUGGAAUGAGUUUAAAGGUUGUUUUUUUAAAACAUAUAGUAUUUAGCAAGAAGACCAGCUGAUUUAAACAUUGUUUUAAACCCGUUUAACCCCUCACAAUGUUUGAUUAUUGAUAAUAAUAAACUCCAGCAGUAGUUCAGAGGAUUCUGUUUGGUUUUCUAAAUUUGGUCUUCAAAUAAAGAGAGUAAUUCAGUUUUUAAAGUCAACAUGAACAUGUAAAAUUAUUACUUAUUAAUACACAUCAGGCACAUGAUUAUCACUGUUUUGGGAUUAACCUUUUAAGUAGAAUUUAAGCAUAUGUUAUAUAUUUGCUGACCAUUUUUGAAUGUAUGCUAGAGCUUUAGAUGUUUGGCUGUAUUUCUGCUGUAUUUCUAUUAGGCAAUCAUUGGUUCCCAUUCAUAUCUGUUCUGUGUGACAGUCAAUGAAACCCUUGAAACUUGCUUAUGCUGCAUAAACCAUCACAUUCCCAAAAAAUCUGCAUUCCUUCGUGUAUGUUACAUUAGAACUGUGUGAUAAGUACAGACUGAAGAAGAGUCUGAACUGCAUUGCAAACAAUUAACCAUGAAAAUUAAUGCAUUAGAAAACUUGCAAAACUACAAAUUUCUAAUUGAUUUUCAUAUUGAACAAAUGAAUGUAAGUUAUGGUUCACAAAGUGGGCAGCUGUGAUGUUAAGUUGCAGUGAUUUGUAGUAAAUGGGCUAAAACGUGUAAAAUGCUGAUAUGGUCCUUUAAAGGCAAUUUAGUCUUGUGUUGUGGAAAGAAUAAAAAAGGACUUUACACACAAACAGUUCAAAAAUCAACCCUCCUUCUUAUCAGCUCUUACUUCUCUAUAUCAGCUGUUAUACAGACAUAUAAAAUCAUGACUGUCUUUGCAAUUUAGUGAAGUUGUUUUAUUGUGCUGUAAAGGUUUGCAGGGUUGCUGCACACUUUGAAAUCAAAUGUAAUGCUUAAAACCUCGACAGAUAUUUCAACAGCAAAAUGAAUUCACAUGAGCUUUGCUAGAAAUCAACUUGACAAAUAUUAAUAGGGAUAUGUUUCUGGAUUAUUUUGUAUCUCCAUAUAACAGUCUUUAGCUGAGCAUCAUCUGUACUGUUUACCUUGGUGAGAGCAGACGGUCUGUGGAGAACCAAUUCAAACAUUACCAGAAAAAGAAAAGA